CCAGCAGAGCAGAGUCGCAGAUUCGGAGGCGGGGGCGCAAUGCAGGGGCUGGAAGAUAAUGGAAGUGUCCAAGUUGGAGAAUUACUGCCUUGCAAGAUUUGUGGAAGAACAUUCUUUCCAGUAGCAUUAAAAAAACAUGGACCUAUUUGCCAAAAAACUGCCACUAAAAAACGGAAGACCUUUGAUUCAAGCAGACAGAGAGCUGAAGGAACUGAUAUUCCAACAGUGAAACCUCUUAAACCUAGGCCAGAACCACCAAAGAAACCAUCUAACUGGAGAAGAAAACAUGAAGAAUUUAUUGCCACCAUAAGAGCAGCUAAAGGCCUUGAUCAGGCACUUAAAGAGGGUGGCAAACUCCCUCCUCCUCCUCCACCUUCUUAUGAUCCUGAUUAUAUUCAGUGUCCAUAUUGCCAGAGGAGAUUCAAUGAAAAUGCAGCUGAUAGACACAUAAAUUUCUGUAAAGAACAGGCAGCACGUAUUAGUAAUAAGGGCAAAUAUUCUACUGACACCAAAGGCAAACCAGCUCCUCGGGCACAGUAUAAGGCUCCUGCACUUAAAAAGUCAAAUUCUCCUGGAACCUUGUCAUCAGGAUCAUCACGAUUACCACAGCCAAGUAGCACUAGCAAAACUGGUGUAGGUGUACCUUUAGGUAAAGUGUCUUCAGUUAACAACUCUUUGGGAAACAAACUUCAGAACCUAUCUCCUUCACAUAAAGCAAUAGCAGCCCCUCAGGCAGGUAAGAUGGACAAGUUAGGCCCUCCACUUCGAACUGGAAGACAUGUGCAAAGGUUGUAUGACAGUGAUACAAAGUCAGACAGUGCCUUCAAAAGACAUGAGUUAUUACCCAUUUACAAAUCUAACAUCAAACCUCGAAAUUCUACACCACCUAGUUUGGCAAGAAAUUCUGUGUCAGGUGUGCUUAUGAGCAAAAGAAAAACAUAUACUGAUAGCUCCAUAUCCAGGCCAGAUGGAGACCAUGCAUCUUCACUUAAUGGCGGAAACAUCAAAAGCACUGAAGGAAAUUCAUCUGGACUCUUACCUAAAUUCUGCCAUGAGUGUGGGACAAAGUACCCUGUAGAAUGGGCAAAGUUCUGCUGUGAAUGUGGCAUUCGAAGAAUGAUUCUGUGAACAGAAUCCCCAAAGAACAAAAGCCAGCUUCAGAGUUUUAUAAUUAUUGCUGCUUGGACAGCUAGAGCACUUCCUCUAGUUAUUUUGUGCUGAAACUGUUCAAAAUACCUUUCUCCCAUAAUUUUUGAAGCAUAAUUCUUUGGUUGUAGAUAUAUGUAUAUAUGUUGUGCAUAAUAAAUACCUAAUAUCCCAAGCUGUGCAAUUCAAGAAAAUACACACUUAAGCUAUCAGAAAAUAAUUUCAACUAAUUAACCUGGGUAUUAUUUCUCUUGUGUUAUUAAAGCACAUUCACUAUACCUCUAUAAAUACACUUGGCCCUUCAAGCUUAAGGAUAAUCACACGUCAAGCAAAACAUAGGAUACACAUUAUUAUUGUUCGUGCAUGUCUUCAAAUAGAAGGAUCCUUGCACUACUCUGGAUUUUGUAAUUGAAGAGAAUGUUUUAGUUAUUAUCAGUUGAUAAGGUUUCCUACUCCUGUUGAACUCUUGUUCCACAGCUAUGUUUAUAAUAUACCUUAAGUUUAUGUUAUUCCAAACUUUGUAUGUUUCCCUCACUCGGUGAAGUAAUUAUGGAAUUAUUUUUCAGAAACACAAGACUAAAAUUACAAAUGUAUCUUAUAACUGAUUUUUUUCAUUUCUUUGUUAGUUGAACAUACAUUCUUCUCCACAUCCAUUUUGGUUCCUAUAUGUUACUGUUUCUCUCUUUCAUAAUCUAUCUGAAGAUUACAUUGACUUUAUUAUAACAUAUUUUGCAAAAAAUAUACACAAAAAUUCUAUUUUCUGUUCAACUUGUUGACUGAAAUAAUCUUGAUCAUUGUCACUUUUAGUGUAACAUAAAGUUUCUUGCAUGUUUCUUUGAUGGCUUAUCCUACCAUAGUAAUUCUGUAGUAGUUUAUCAGACUUAAAUUAGCUUUAUCUUAUUAUAAAGAUUACAAGCAAAAUUUUUAUGUUAUAUAUUUCCUAAAAGAUUUAUGUUACAUAUUUUCUAGCUUCUUGUUUGUGAUUGUGACUUCUAUAAGCAUCAGUGUAGAAAUUUGUUGCUUGGAAUUUUAUUUCUCUGAAAUGUACUUUGUUUUAUUUUGUUAGUUUGGGCAGGAGUUAUAAAUCUAGUGGUAUUAUAACCAUUUUACAUAGAAUUUUCUACUGUUUUUUAAAAUUAUUUUUUCUUAGUUAUCCUGUUCAUACAUACUGACAAGAUAAUUCAGCAAUUCAAAUAAAUUACAAUGAGUUUAGAAGACUAAUGUACAUAAUAUAUUUCCAUUUAAAUAACUUCUUUUUAUCCUAUUUGUUGUCAAUCACAUAAGAAAGAACUUUUGUGUGUAAGUGCACUAAUAAUGGGCUUGAACUCAGAGAUCAUCUCCUUGUUCUGCCCACUUAAACUCCUGGCUGCUGUUCAACCACUGGAGCCACUUCUCCUGUUUGGCAUUUUGCUGAUUAAUUGGAGAUGGAAUUUUACAGUUUUCAGCCCUCCUAAGUAGCUAGAGUUAUAACUAGAACUUUCAUUCUUGUUUUAUGUAGGAAUGAACACUAUCCUUUCAAGCAUUUCCUCAACACAUCGUAAUCUUUUUCUGCUCAAAAGAGUAAGUAGAUAAAUCGUUUAAAUAAGACAAAUUGACAUGAUUCUUUCUCUGAAUUUUACAGUAGCAAGCAAAUGUUAGUGUGUACUACAUGAAAAUGGCUUGGUAAGGAAUCAUCUAAUCCUAGAGCCCAGAGAUUAUUAAAGGCAGUAGUAAAUAUAUUUACAUCUUAUGAAACAUUAUCACAAUGUAUUUAAAUGCAUUUUCUAUUACAUAAUUUACUCACUUUGCUUUGUUGUGCAAUAGUUCUUAAAUAAUCUUCCUAUGUAUCAUCUAUUUCCAUUUGUAUUUAUUUACACAUGUAUUUGUUGAUGUGAUUGAAGUUUUAAAAAUGAUUGUAAGCUUAAAAUGUAAAAGUGAUUUCUAGAUUAUUCUGAACAUUUUUAGCCCGAAAAAGUAGGAUUAUUGUGACUUGUUUUGUCCCUUAUUAUGUUUUUUAUUACAAAUACCUUCAAUUUAAGCCAAUAAAGACAUGAAGACUAAAAA